AUGUUCUCCCUCCGCACCGUCUUCGGAGCCUCCUCCGGAGCCCUCCGCCAGUUCCUCCCCUCUGUGAACACCCGCGCGGCCUCAUUACGGCCCUUUUCGCACAUGAUCCAGAAUAGCCUGACGAGGCUUCGCGGCCACACAAAGUCCGGCAAUGCUGUCGCCGUUGCGAAUGCGUCUACUAGACAGGUGGAGCAGGUCCGGGGGAUGAAGACCCGGUCUUCUGUUAAGAGACUGUGUGAUGGUUGCAAGCCCGUUCACCGCAAGGGUCGUGUUUACAUCAUCUGCUCGAAGAACCCCAAGCACAAGCAACGGCAGGGAAAAUAG